AUGCGUGAACACGUUACAUUUUAUAUCGCAGGAGAUAUUUAUCGUGCCUUUAUAAAGGGUAUUGUAAUCUCUAUAUGGCAUCCAGAUAACUUUAGUCAGCGUUCUAUGAGACAAGAGAAUAUGCGUUCUUCACCUAGGAAAUCAGUAUUGAAGGUUCUAAGUACGAUGGUAAGUCAGGAUAAUAAGAGCAUAUCUUUACAUGAAGACAACAUACUUGGCUCAUAG